AUGUCACAUGUAUGCUUUGUUCAGCAUGCUGUUUCUGGGUGUGCAGAUGAUUGUCUUGAUGAACUAGUUCAGAAGUUUUGGGAAACUGAAGAGGUUGCUGUUGCAACACCCAAGUUGAGUCCUGAAGAGGAAGAUGCACUUCAAGCUGUUAAAACGUCCCUUAGCUACACAAAUGAGCGAUAUAAAGUAGGCAUUCCUUGGAAAUUGGAUCCUGAAAUAUUGCCAGACAAUUAUGAGAUGGCAUUGAAACGUUUGAAAGAUACAGAGAAGAAAUUGUCAAAAAAUGAUACCAUCUUAGCAGCAUAUGAAGAUGUCAUAGCUAAGUACCUUGAAAAGAAUUACAUCAGAAAAGUUCCAGAGGAAGACAUCAGUAAAUCAAAAUGGUACUUACCUCAUUUUCCAGUGGUGAAUAUGGACAGGUCAACAACAAAAGUCAGGUUGGUAUUUGACGCAUCUGCAAAAUGUAGUGGCAUUUCCCUUAAUGAUGUUAUACACCAGGGUCCCAAGAUGCAAAAUGAUCUGUUUGAGAUACUUUUGAGAUUUAGAAGGUAUCCAGUUGGACUCAUCUGUGACGUCGCGGAGAUGUAUUUGCAAAUAGAGAUUGCGGAGUGUGACCGUCCAUACUUCAGGUUUCUCUGGCGAUCAAAUGAUCAGGUCAAACCUCCCGUUGUUUAUGAAUUCUCUCGAGUAGUGUUUGGGAUAAACUGCUCACCUUUUCUGGCUCAGUACAUCACACAGGAGCACGCCAAAUUACAUGAAACAGACUUGACUAUGGCGUCAACGACAGUUGUUAAAUCAACUUACAUGGACGAUAGCAUAGAUUCAGUUCAAACUGACAUUGAUGCAUUACAACUUUACAACCAGCUGAUGAACCUUUGGGGAGCAGCAGCAGGUAUGCACGCCAGAAAAUGGCUAUCAAAUUCAAAGAAUGUUCUGAAUGAAAUUCCAGCAGAAGACAGGCUGCAGGAAAUUAGCAUAUUGACAGAUGAGUUGCCAUCAGUCAAAACCUUAGGACUGGUCUGGUGUGCUGAAGCUGACGAAUUUAACUUUGGUUGUAGUUCAAAACAAAUUGCUCACAGUGACAAAGAGAUCCUUUCUCAGAGAAAUUGCUAA